UCCGUUUCUUUGUUGGUUUUUCUUAUGCCGCUAUUCCUUUUAUGGGAUGAGACUAAUCAAUAGGUUUCGGAAGCCCGGCGCAUUUCUUAUGAAAGCGGAAGGCCGCAGUCCCCGAGCCCGAGCAGUACCAGUUAUGCUGAUCGGGCGUUCCAAGCAUCUUCAAGAUUCCUACAUUCCGAAGCAUCCGUUAGUGCGCUACUAUGGCAUUUAUGCUCAAAUCAUUCUGCUUUUCCCAUGGCCGUGCGUGAGAGAAGGAGGCGCAGGUUCUGCGCUAAAAGCGAUCUAAUGCUUACAAUUCGCAAAUGGGUUUCCUCAAUAAUGAAGAUAGUUCGCGCAUAAGCUCGGAAGUAAUCGAACCUCGUUUCAAGUGGAUCAACGUGUCCAUAAUCCCACUCUGGGUUUUAUCUCAUGGUUGCCCCUGUCAGCCCUGUGAGGAGAAGAA